AUGCAGGGGAGCAGUGGUUUCUGGUUGCGAGAGCAGCGGGCACUGCGCGCACGCAAUGUCGCGCCUCCGAGGAAAGUCGCCGAACAUCGUGUCAUCAGUGAGAUAUGGCCGAAUGUACCUGCACCAGAAGUUCCCAGCAUUCCAACACCUGGACCUCCACCUAAGUGGAAGGUCGACCCGAAUGCGGCCAACCGGUCAGCCGAUCAAGGUGAAAAGCCGCUGGAGCCGCUGAGUGAGGCUCCAGCGAGAGUGGCAGAUUUGGAGGCGUUUGCACAUAGCGAAGGAUUUCAGCAGUUGCGUUCAGAGGUGGCACAAGACCCCAAGGCCUUGGAAACUUUCUUAGAGAAGAUCACUUCAGAAGAUCCGCAACUGAUGAAGGUCAUUACCAUCUACCAACAGGACUUCCUGUCUAUGCUUACCACUGGUUUGGUCGAGGCUGCCAAAGCGCAGAGGGAGGAAGUGAAAGAGCAGGAGCCACCAGUGCCAGUGGUGAAACCCAGCGCUGAGCAGAAGGCGAAGCGGAAGAUCUUGCAGUCCUUACAGCCGACGACCAAGACUUGUCACACCAUCGUACGCUUACACAACCCCUACAGCUGCGCAGUGUGCAAGGCCACCACGGAGUUGUCGCUCUGCAGUUCCUGCCACAGCGUGCGCUUUUGCAGCAGGGACCAUCAACGUCGCUUCUGGCCCAGGCACCAAGCAGUUUGCAGAUUCAUUUCAUCCAUCAAGGGCGGCCUUCUGCAACAGGUGGCAGGUCGCGAGUGGGUCUCCGAUGCUCUGCCAGAGGUUGUCGAUGUCUGGACCAAAUCCAGGGGGCAGCCUCCAGAGCCGUGGCAGUUAGAGCAGCUCGUACACUUGCCACAUUGCAAGGUCUGUAGUAAGGCACCAGCCACAUUGCUCUGUAGCUUCUGCUCGCAAGUGGCCUACUGCUCACAGGAAUGCAUGGACGUUGACUCUGAGCACCAGGGAAGUUGGCAGUGUCGACAGGUGGCUGCAACCGCCGUGGCUGCUGAACUCAUGCACAAGGCCGGUGGAGCAUUCGGCUUUACCACAGGCCUGACGGAAGGUUCUCUGCCAGACUCCAUCUUCCGCAAUGGCUGGCAGGAAACCUACAACUUCGGAGGAAACUGGCAAAAGUACAUUCGAGAACUCUCCUGUUCUUCUCGAGAUGAUUUGCAACUGUCGCUGGGAAUUUCGCGUUUUCACUUGGUUCGCUUUUUGUCACCCGAUGACGAGGGAGGCCACUCUGACGAUGACAGGCCUGUCCUGCAAAACCUGAGUUUCAUCGACAUUGGCUGUGGCAGUGGCAUCCAUUCUGCAGCUGCUUUGUUCUCACAUGCCAGGCACAUCAUUUCCUUCGAUCAACAGGAAGGUUCCGUGAGCAGCACUGCUGCGUUGCGGCAUCAACUCAUGGAGAAUGAUAAUUCCUUCAGUGAUCGUAGCUGGGAUGUCUAUUUGGGUGACGUGCUGAUUCAAAGCGAUCUGCCAGAGGUGUUGGCAGAUGUGGUCUACUCAUGGGGUGCUCUCCAUCACACGAGAGACCUUUGGACUGCCCUGGAGAAUUCCUGUCGAUUGGUGAAGCCACCCGAGGAUGGAGGAGGCUUGCUGCUGGUUGCCCUCUACGCGCGGGAAAUGGUGCGGGACCCAGACUACUGGAUCUACAUCAAACAACUUUACCUGGCUGUCGACGACCUGGCCCGUGGUAAGAUGGAGAGGGACUAUGGUUGGUGGAUCCUACGAGAGCAGGUGAUGCAAAAAGGAAGGAAUCCAUUCCAAAUGGCGGAGGAUGCAAGGCUUCAACGUGGCAUGAACUUUUGGACGGACGUGAAGGACUGGUUGGGCGGUUAUCCCAUCGAAUUUUCGGAGGCCGCAGAGGUGAUUCGCUUCGUCCAGCAGCGCUGUGGCUUGGUUCCGGUGAAAGUAGAACCCAGCACUGUCACAGAGUUCCUCUUUGUGACGGACCCCAAGCGCUUUGCACCUGCCCAGUUGGAGAAGCGCAGCAAGUUGUUGAAGGAGUGGCAUGAGGAGUUGCUGAAUCAGAGCCGGAUGGUUCUGCUGGACGGACCUUUUUUUCAACUGGACUAUCCUCGUAGGACCAAGUGCUACAUCGCAGAUCUCCCCGUGAAGGCUGAAGAGAUGUCAUCCCUGCGUGUGGAUGUGCUGGAGGAUGGAGUGUUCUAUGGCUUUGGUCUGGACACUGGCAUUCCGGUGGACGCCGAGGGCAAGAGGAAGUUGACAUCCCUCUUCAAGGAGUUUGCGGAGGAAGAUUACAAUGCAGCAAAUCCCAGCCGUGAAUGGCAAGGCCGCUUUGGCGCGGAUGGGCUCACCUGCAACCACCCCGGACGCCAUUUUCGCGAGGUGUUUUGGCUGGAGACCGCGUUAGAUGCUCCAGCAGUGAUCUUUUCAAGUAGUGAUGGAUCGGAUCCUAACAAGAAUGGCCGGAAAUACAGCAUUUUGGUGCAGAAAGGCACUGGUAUUCCCUCAAAGGAGAAAAAGAAUCGUCCCAUUGCUGCCGAUAUUGACUUUGUGGACUACAGCGGGCUGAGAGGCAUGAGCGGCGAAGAGUUUCGCACAUUGCCCUGUAUGGCACAGCAGAUCAUCAUUGAUAGCCUGUCCUUUCCAAUGUCAGUGGUAGAGGCCUGUCGAUUUGCCAAUCACCCUUGGGAUCAGCCACAUAUCAAGAUUCAUAUCCUCAAUGCCUAUGGCUGCGCCAUGGCAGAUAUGAACAAGUACGAGGAGUGGCUGCACCGAGCCCCGCAGUUGAAAUCCAUCGAAGUUCACUUCGUGAGCACAGAGGUCCGGCAUGGUAAUGCGGAAACAAGCUGCAAGCUAGACCUUUGUGAGAGGUGCACCUUGCUCGGCCGGCAAAUGACUUUGGUGGUGCACGAGACAUCACUGUUGGAUUUCGUGGAGGAGGAGAUUCGAUCCGGCAGUAGCCCCCCAUUCCUGCGCAUUGCAUACAGCCCGGCCCUGGCGCGAUUGCCCCUUGGAGAUCCUGAAGAUCUUUGGGAAGCGGCCAUGAAAAGGAUCGCCGAGCUGCAAGAUGAUGCCUUGCUGGUCAUCACGGAGCGCACGAUGACAGACAUUUACGAGGACGAGGAACGCCUAGAACUCUUCGGCUUCACCACGGUGGUGCCUUCCCGGAAUUCCAACUUUCCAAGUCCCUUGACCCUCUUCGAUGGCGUCAGAAGCAACGAGGAGAACCCCAUCGGCCUCACCAUUUGGAACAUGUCGAUCUGUGCCUUCAAGGCUGGGCCUGCCACUUCGCGGCCCCGGUCGCCCAAAGCUUCCGAUGUCUUAGAGGACAAGGCCAAACUGCUUGACCAAGCCAUGGAGGUCGAGGUGCCUGAAGACUGCGCGAUCGGUGAUCGCGUCCUGGCCCGUGGCAUGGAAGGAGAGGUCACCGGAUUGCGCUGCCGCGGCUACCCAAAUGGUGUUGAAGUUAGGUUAGAAACCGGUGAGAGGAAACACUUUCUGCCCAAUGAGCUCAGCAUCAUCGCCAGAGCCCUGGCUCUCAGCGACACCGCUUCGCCGGCGCCGGAGGCCCUUCAGCUCCAGGUGGGAUGCCAGGAUGACCGCUUCAAACUUCAGUUGCACCUGAAAGGACCGUGGAUUUGCGAUGGCAACACCAUGGAAGAUGUUCCCUUCAAUGAAGAGGUGCUGGUGGAGCUGCUCCGAGCCCCGAAAAAGAGAAGAAGAAACAUGUUUUAA